AUGCCCAGCAAGAUCGGUAAAACAAGACCCAACCAUGGAUCCAAUCAUGGACCCAAGCACUCUAGCUCACUUCAAUCAUUAAACGACUACAUUGCUUCUGCUAGUUCAUCUGUAGAUAAUGAGCCCAAUUUGACAAAUAAUCUCAACCCUACUCACAAUUGCUCUACUAGUGUUGACACUAGAUUGUACCCAACUAUUGAUCCAAUAGCUGAUGAAGAAUUGGCCGCUAAAACUAAUAGUAUGAGCAUGAGUAACCAAGACAACAUUGAAUUGUUGGAUAAUGAGCUGACUAAUAACCUCAACAUACAAGACAUGUCAGUUGAUGAAAUUGUUGGUAAAACUUUUCUCAAACACAAUAAUGCUAAACUAGAUACAAACAGAACUCUUCUUGACACUGAUCAGAUUUUAGAAAUUGUAUCUGUUAUUGCUAGCCCACACAACCCUAUGACCUUAAAUUUCCAACAUGUUGUAAAAGCCACUCUCAGAAUACUCUCUGAUGACAUUAAAUACGAAAUCACCACAGAAAGAAAGGCUUUUAAAAACCAUAAAGACAGAAAACAUGUUUGGGAGUUAUGGAAGGAAAGAAUGAAGAAUAUUAACAAACUAUUAUCUGAGAACAAGAAAAGUAGUAAUGUCCAACAAGACAAUGAAGAAUUCAACAUCAAUGACAUAGCAGUGAAGGAAAUCACUCCUCCCAGAUAUAUUGCUGUUAGAUAUAGCAAAAUAUUUGAAGAGAAUGAGGUAAUUGAAUUAAUUAAGGACAAACUUAGUGGCAAAUAUGUCACCAUCAAUCCGAUUAUUAAGCUCAAUAAUACCAUAAUUGUCACUAUUGAAGAUUGCGCUCAAGUAGAACAGGCAGUUGAAACAUUACGUACAAAAUUUAAAGAAGUCAAUAUCACUUCAUCAUGUGAAAACGACACCAACAAAAUUAUACGUGUCCAUAAUAUUCCAAUAGGAGAACUAUGGAAAACUACAGUCAAGGCAGAUUGGAGGAAUGCUAUUGAAAGCGAUACUGGUGAACCCAUUGUUGAAAUUGCUACAGCUAGAAUUGGUAAAGAAAUGGCAGCAGUGAUCACUGUCAAAAGUAUGAAAGCCAGAAAUAAUCUAUGUAAGGCAAAAACAUAUGAUAUCACUAUUCCUAGAACAGAGGAAACAGUCACUAUGAAAAUCGACAUACCAUUCAACUAUGCAAUGGAUGUACAAUACUCUGACAUCAUUGGUAGAUGGCCUGAAAGAAAUGAUUUGAUUAGAGCUAGAAUACAAACGGAAUCCUCUCUUGCCAGAAAAUACAAUAAUGACCAACCUGUAUCCAUACUUAUCAUCAAUCAAGAGAAGAGAAUAUGUUUGAUUAGACUCAACAAUCUAUCUAAUGCCAUCAGAUUGGUAAACCAUGCUGCAUAUGGAAUGAAUGAAUGGACAUUGGAUUUUGCUCUCAAUUAUCCAAUGCUAGAAGAUUUCCUGGAAAAGAAACCUGAUACAGUUCACAAAAUUUCACAAAAUUUAGGCAGAUCUUCUAAAAUUGCAGCGAAAGACGUUUCCUUUACUCUUGAAAAAGUGCAACAAGAUCACCUAAAAGAAAUCAAGAGAAUUGAAGCUUCUAUGGAUAAAAGAAUUGCAGAACUUGAGGCAAGACAGAAUCAGAAAUUGGCUAUGGGAUUUAAGGAAAUGGCUAAUAUUAUCAGAGCAAAUAAUGAAGAAUUAAUGAUUACCAAUAGAAUUGCUACUCUAACAUUUCUGUCUGGUUGUACAAAAGAUAAUACCAAGAGGAAGAUAUAUCAAGAGGAAAUUGAUGAGUGUCACAAAAAGCUAAAACUACUUGAUUCACUUCAAGCAGAACCAUUAUCAGCCCUAAGAGGCUACCUCAACUCAAUCACUCCUGAUAUAAUCAUGCUCCAGGAAGUUAAAAGCGUCUACAUUGGUCCAGAUUUUCCCUCUAUAUAUUAUUCUUCAUUUACAUAUUAUCACAAUCCAAGAGAUUCCUGUGGUGUAUCUAUUUGCCUCAACAAAAGCACUUUCAAAGAUAUUGAAGAAAUCAUCUUAGAUCCGAUCAUUAAGAAUAACGCGCGAAUUAUUGGCGUGAAAUGUAAAAUCAAUUCAAUUAAUACUCUAGUAAUUUCUGCGUACUUUCCAAAUCAACCAGCUGACAGAUGUGAAUUCACAUAUAUUCUUGACAACCUAAUUGAAAAAUAUCCUAACUACAAAAUCAUUAUUGGAGGUGAUUACAAUGCGAUUUUAUCCGAGAAUCACUCCUCAAACGAAUCUAGAAGAACUGAUCAAAACAUACUAGAUCUUAUUAACAAGAGAAAUCUUAAUUACUAUCCUUUCCCUCAUUUAUCAUGGCACCUUCAUUAUACUAUUAACAAACAAUCCAAGUCUAUAAUAGAUUACAUAUCCACAGAUUUUCCAAUUGCAUCUGGAGAAGUACUGAAUGCCAACUUCAUAUCAGAUCACAAAAUGGUUAAAAUUCUACUUGACCUCUCAUGUCAACGAACACCUUUGUUAAUUCGGAAGAAGCGUAACUUUCAAGAUCCCAAAAAUAAGAAAGAAGUGCUGGCCAUUAGCAAAGAAUGUGUAUCUCAAGUUAAGAAUUUAGAAUCUGAUAACGACAAAUGGCUUUUCAUUUGUGAUAAACUAGGCGACAAAUUUGUGGAGGUCAAUCCACCUAAACUUGAUCCUAAAAUCUACAAAUAUAAUAAGCAAUAUAAGAAGCUCAUGUUAAUACUUGAUAGAAAUGAGCACGGAUAUCCUUGUGACAAACUUUUGACCACUAUUGGUAAAACUUUAGAACAGGUUCCAAAAUGUCUUGCAAGUGUCAAAGAGAAAAUCAAGAACCAUAUCAAAUGGAGCCAUGAUAAGGCUUUGAACAGAAAGAUGAAAUGGUGGGAACAAAACUAUGCAACCAACUCUAAACAUCUGAGAAAGAAAAUUUACAAAACGUCAUCACCACCAUACAAAUUAUCUAUCGAAGGAACUGAAAUUAGUGACCCCAAUGAAGUUGCCAAUGUGAUCAAGGACAAAUAUCAACAAAACCUCAACUUUAGAGGAAGAAAUCAUCAAAUUGACAUUACCAAGUUUUUCAAGUACAAACAUCCAUUAAUUGAUAAUUGCAAUGACAAAAUACUCGGUAGAAUUACCACGGAAGAGAAAGAAUGGAUAAUUCAGAAUUUGAAAUCCACAGCACCCAAUGAACUAGGUUUAAGACAAAAACUAUCAAAUACAUGUGUAAGGAAUUACAGGAGGAAAUUUUUCAAAUUAUUGAAAAUAUCAUCACAACUGGAUUUACUCCUGAAUCUAUGCAAAGUGUCAGCAUUCUCCCAAUUCACAAAAAGAAUAAGGACCACUCAAACCCUGCUAACUAUAGACCUAUUGCCCUUAUGGACUCAGGACUUAAAAUAG